CAUCUGGUGCACACUUUGAAUGGCUUGAACUUGGGUCUAAUGAGAGCCAGAAUAAAGUCUAAACUUUUGGCAACACACUGCUGCUGCUGCUGCUGCUGCUGCUGCUGCUGUCACUAUAAGGUGUCUACUUGACCUGCAGAAACUCAACUAAGAUCCAGCAGAAGAAGACACCAAGUUGAUGCUCAAGACAUGGAGCUAAACUUACUUUGAAUGAGGAAUCUCUAAUUUUCCUUUUUUCACCUUUUCCUGUGUUUCUUUACUUCAAGGAGAGCUUUUGAAAAUAGAACUCAUUGGAGACCUAAGUCAGCAAUAUUGGAAGUCAUGGUCCCCUCACUGCACUGGAUCCUGCUAUUUUGGGGACUUCAAGGUCUUUUGGCACAGGACUAUGAAGAAAACUAUGAAGAAGAGGUGGUGACUACAAAAAGGAAGAGCAAACAAUUUCCAUCCAAUUCCAUACCAAAAAAUGGAAAAUCACUCAUCGAUGAAGAUUGCGGUGUGGAGAUAGCCUUUCUGAUUGACAGCUCAGAGAGCGCCAAAGACAACCAUGCCCAGGAGAAGCGCUUUGCCAUGGACGUGAUGGACCGGCUUCAGGGCCUGAGGCUGCAGACUGGCCGGGGGCUCAGCUCACGAGCCGCCCUGCUUCAGUACAGCAGCCAUGUCAUCACAGAGCAGACCUUCAAAGAGUGGAGAGGUCCUGAUGAAUUCAAAGCCAGGAUUGCUCCCAUGGUGUACAUCGGCCAUGGCACUUACACCACCUACGCCAUCACCAACCUCACACGUAUUUACUUGGAGGAGUCGCCAACCAGCAGCAUCAAGGUGGCCAUUCUGCUCUUUGACGGAAUCUCUCACCCUAGAAACCCAGACAUAUUUUCAGCUGUGGCUGAUGCUAAGAACCAGGGCAUCCGUUUCUUCACCAUAGGAAUCACACCUGAAGCCAAUGAACCUGCUAACAUCGCACAGCUACGGCUAAUUGCUAACUCCCCAGCCUCACGUUACCUUCACAACCUGCAGGACAGGAGCAUUGUGGACAAAAUCAUUAAGGAAAUAAUAACGCUGGCGGAUGAAGGGUGUCCUCUGUCCCUGAGCAAGUGUGAGUGUGACAAGGGUGAGAGGGGACCCAUUGGCCCUGCUGGCAAGAAGGGUCGUCCUGGAGAAGAUGGGAGCCCUGGGUCAAAAGGACAGAAGGGUGAGAGUGGUCUCAGUGGACUUCCUGGUCGGGAAGGAGCAGAGGGAAAAUCAGGAUACAAAGGAGAGAAGGGAGAGAGAGGGGAGUGUGGCACACCUGGAGUUAAAGGAGAUCGAGGUCCUGAAGGUACCGUUGGCCCAAGAGGAAAUCGUGGAAUUCAGGGUUUACCUGGUCCACUUGGUGAUGUCGGACCUGAAGGUGUCAUGGGUAAAAAAGGGGAAAGGGGAAAUUCUGGGCCACCUGGAAUCCAAGGGGAAACAGGGACCGGCCUUCCGGGACCCAAGGGUGAUGUCGGUUUCCAGGGGCAACAAGGGCCUCCCGGUCCUCCCGGAGUUGGCGAGUCUGGACCUCUGGGGCCUCAAGGGCCACAGGGAGUCCAAGGAGAGAGAGGACCGUUAGGAGAAGGCCUGCCCGGACCAAAGGGAGAGCGAGGUUUGGAUGGACCACGGGGGCCGAGAGGACAGCCCGGCGCUGGAAUCAAAGGAGACAAGGGGGAUUUUGGCCCUCCGGGUCUUCCAGGGCCCCUCGGCCUCACAGGAGUCGGCAUACAGGGCGAGAAGGGAAUGGAAGGACCAAGGGGGCCACCAGGGAUCAGAGGACAACCAGGAGAGGGCUUACCUGGAUCCAAAGGGGACCAAGGUUUGCCGGGUGAGGUUGGCGCUCCUGGAGAAAGAGGAGCUGGAGACUCCGGAGCUAAGGGUGAGCCUGGAUCAACGGGAAUAUCCGGUUUGCCGGGCCUGCCAGGGGAGGACGGAGCCCCUGGACAGAAGGGUGAGCCAGGAGCUGUUGGUCUCAGGGGACUGGAGGGGGCAGCUGGAAUCGGCACCCAGGGUGAAAAGGGGGACCAAGGCCAAAGAGGAAUAAGGGGCUUGAGUGGUCCUCCUGGCAUUGCUGGACCCUCAGGACCAAAGGGAGAACCAGGAGCACAAGGCAGGGGGGGUUCACCUGGACCACCUGGACGUUUUGUCGCUGGACCCAAGGGUGAUAUUGGUCCGAACGGUCCUCAUGGUCCAGUUGGGGAGACUGGCUACGGACUUCCUGGUCCAAAGGGCGACCGUGGAGAACAUGGCCCUGCAGGUCCAUUUGGUCCCAAAGGAGACGGCUAUCCCGGCCCCACGGGUCCUCCUGGUCUGCCUGGACUUCCAGGAGAACCCGGCCUUGAAGGAGUGGGCAUCCCCGGACCAAAGGGCGAUGUCGGUUUCAGAGGGCUGCCGGGUUUACCAGGACCUCCAGGGGAAGGCCUCCAAGGACCUCUGGGUAACCCCGGGCGUCCUGGACCUACAGGGCCACAGGGGCCACAGGGACAAGGAAUUCAGGGACCAAAGGGUGAGCAGGGGGCUCAGGGGGUGACGGGGCCAAGAGGGCUUCGUGGAGAAGGCUUUCCUGGAGCUAAAGGUGACCGUGGUUCUGCAGGGGAGAGAGGGCUGAAGGGUAUCAAAGGAGAGUUGGGAGAUUCUGGACAAUCUGGACUUCCCGGCCGGCCUGGGGUCAAAGGUGAAGCAGGCCUCACAAGGGAGGAUAUCAUCCGAAUGAUCAAAGAGAUCUGCGGAUGCGGCAUCAAGUGUAAGGAGAGGCCGAUGGAGCUGGUGUUUGUCAUCGACAGCUCCGAGAGCGUGGGCCCCGAGAACUUUGAGAUCAUCAAGGACUUUGUGAACGCCCUGGUGGACCGGGUCACCGUGGGCCGCAACGCCACCCGCAUUGGCCUGGUGCUGUACAGCCUGGAGGUGAAGCUGGUGUUCAACUUAGCACGCUACGUCACCAAGCAGGACAUAAAGCAGGCCAUCAGGAACAUACCGUACAUGGGAGAGGGCACGUAUACGGGUACGGCGAUACGUAAAGCUACCCAGGAGGCGUUUUACAGCUCUCGUCUGGGGGUCAGCAAAGUGGCCAUCGUGAUCACAGACGGACAAACGGAUAAACGAGAGCCCGUGAAGCUGGAUAUAGCCGUAAGAGAGGCUCAUGCUGCAAACAUCGAGAUGUUCGCUCUGGGGAUCGUGAACACCUCCGACACGACGCAGGCCGAGUUCAUGAGGGAGCUGAACCUGAUCGCCUCCGACCCCGACACCGAGCACAUGUUCCUCAUCGAUGACUUCAACACGCUGCCAGCUCUGGAAUCCAAGCUGGUGAGCCAAUUCUGCGAGGACGAGAACGGAGCCCUGAUAUACAACAGGAUAACUAACGGCUACAAUGGGAACAACGGCAACAAUGGCAACGGGAACUAUGCCGUCGGUGGCUAUGGCUACAGGCCUCUGACCGAGCAACAAGGAACAAAUGUCCAUCAAACGGGCACCAGCACUGGAGGCAGCACUCAGAGCCAGGGCGGGCGGGUGGAGAUCACCCAGCACGGCAGCAAAGGAUCCAGCACAGCCAGUGGAGGAGGAGGAGGAGGAGGAGGAGGAGGAGGGCGUGUGACAACAAGCUGGGGAACGGAGCGGGGGGACACUUUUAACCGUUACAACCCAGAAAUCACUUCUUCCAGUGAGGACUCCUCCAGUACCAGAGGCUCCUCCUCAUCCUCAUCCUCAUCUUCAUCUUCAUCUACUUCUACAAAUAUAAGCACGUCAUCCUCGGGUGUGUCUGUGCAGUACGUGCCUGUAUCGAGGCCAGCUCUCCCCAAAGAAACUGUACCACUGGACCCUCGCUGUGGCUUGAUCCUGGACCAGGGCACGUGUCGGGACUACAACAUCCGCUGGUACUACGACAAGCAGGCCAACGCCUGCGCCCAGUUCUGGUAUGGAGGCUGCAAUGGAAACAAGAACCGCUUUGACACAGAGGAGGAGUGCAAGAGGACGUGUGUGAUCGCCAGAUCCACAGGAGGCUGAGUGAAGGCAUCUGCCUUACAUCUGCUGUAGAUACUUCAAGGAGGGGCAGCUAAUACCAGCCAUUUUUCACAGGGUUAUGUCAAAUCUCUGCAUAAUUCUCAGGCAUAAACACAAACACUGAUGAUUAAUAUCACAUUUACAUUUCAGAAUCAGCAUUACACCCCCCCCCCCCCCCCCCCCCCCCGUAGCACUUGUGGUAAAAUGAUUCUCCUAGUUACAGUUAAAAUAAUGCCUUUGCUUUGAUACAUACCUCCAUUGUGGUGUUGUUUCAUAUCAGCAUCUAUCAAAGUGAAUUCUCCAUCACUUAUACUCAGGAAUACUCAUCUGCAUCCUCACUGUGUGUGUGUCUGUUUCCCCAGGGACUCCCACACCCAUGGGACUCUCUUUUUCACACACAGUCACAGUGAGCGCUGCAGAUUGUGAAAAACACUUUUUUUCACUCAGCAUGACCAGCAAUCACUCUGCUGUGUUGUCAACUUCACAUUCAUGAACCUAAUCAAUCAAUCAGACGCAGAGGGGCUGCAUUAUCACAGGAGCCAAUCACACACAGCUGAAAUGAAGCCUCUCAUCACUUAUAUCAAUAACAUAUUAGUUUGUUUUUAUAUUAAAUGACUGAUGCUCUGUAACUUCAUUUUGUGCCUUUGAAUGUGUUUGUUUUUUUUGUGAUGUUUUGUGUUUAUAUUGUUUCAUGUCUACUUUGACUAACUGUGCAUUUUCUCCAGCAGUACUUUAACAACAUAACACUGAUGGACACACACACAUUCACACACUGCCCUCUACUGGGAAACAAAAGCUGAUGUCACUGAGACACUGUAUGAGUAGAAUAGAUCUUCCAUUGUUCAGGAAACGGUGUGUCUUUAUGUUACCACUCCAUACUGACUGUAAAAUAAGUAUUCUGUAUUGUUUAUAACAUGUUCAACACCUGAUGUCAAACAUUUGUAAUAAAUACAACACUAAUCCUAA